AUGUUAAGUGAACAAUAAAUUUUAUAAAUAGUCUUGGCUGUCGACGGCAUAGUAUUACACUUUCAAUUUUACAUCACUAACGAGAAAUUAUAUUUAAUUUUAGGCUUAUCCUCAGUAGUUUUCCACGCCAUAAUAUUUCUAAUCGAACAGAUGAUAACGAAAUAGCUAUUGAAGAUCGGUCUAAAUAUACUUAAAUUAGCAUAAAUACUUAUUGUUUCCUAAAUGUUGUAUCAAUCUUGGAUGAUUUAUGCAGGAAUUUAAAUAGCCUGCAUAUUCAAAUUUAACUAAAAACUAACAAGAUUAAUCAUAUUCGCUUUAUUUUGUAUUCAUUCAACAUCCUUGACUUUUGAGGAUAUGAAUUAUUUGGCUACUGGAAUAGUGAGAAAUUGUCUAUGUUACACUUUGCUUCUCAGUUUAUUUAAAAGGCAAUCUUACACAAUUGAUUAAUUGGAAGGGAUCUUCAAGUAAUUAAGUUCUGAUAUUUUGAUCAUUCUGGAUGAUAAUUUUAUACCAGAAAACGAAUAAGAGAAUUUUCAGAAUAUCAUGAAUGAUUAUAUUCUAAGGAGUUCGGAUGAAAAAAGUGACCGCAUUAUUACAAACAGGGAGUAAAUUACCGUUGGUAUUCAACCAAAAUUAAUAGAUGAAAGAAAUACUUUGCAAUUCAAGGAAAUUUUCAAUCACUUAAAGACUACAUUAAAUAAUUGGUCAGAUUAAUCAUAUGAAACCCAAUCCAAUCAUAUUAUAGCUGUUAAGAAAGUAUUCAUUAACGAAAGCAUCAUUUCGACCAAUCAUUUUAGGUGUUUAGCAAUGUAAUAAGAUUACUUUUUCAUUCUUUAAAAAAAGGUUAAACCCAAUUUUAAAAGGUUAGAACCCUAAAUAGACAAUGCUAAAGAAAACUUGAAGAUUUUAAGCAAAGUAUCACAUGAUAUGAGAACUCCCCUGAAUGCAAUAAUUAAUAUGUAGUUAUGUUUGAAGGAUUAAAUAGACAAAGCCCUUUCUGAAAGAUAUUUAAAACCCUCUCUUAAUUCAUGUAGGUUACUUUUGAAUUUGGUCAAUGACAUAUUAGAUUAAGCUCAACUUUAAAAUAGGAAAAUUCGAUUGGUAUUCAAAAAGUUUAAUUUGAAAAAGCUAAUCGAUAAAACAAUAUCAAUUUUUGAUAUUUAGAAAGAGAAAAAAGAAUUAACCAUUAUAUUAAGAUAUGAGGACAAUGUACCCCAGUUUAUAAAUAGUGACAAAAAUAGGAUUAGAUAAAUCAUUAUGAAUUUGCUAAGCAAUGCUGUUAAAUAUUCAAUGGCAAAAGGACAGAUAGUAAUUACUUGUGAGUAUGUGAAGAAAACCUAAACCUUUAAAAUCUUAGUAACUGACACUGGCUUAGGUAUAAAGCCUGAGAAUGUGGAUAAGCUUUUUUAGGAAUUUGCAAGAGUCGAAGACCAACAAAAUUAGGAGAAAAAUCCAAAUGGAAUAGGCUUAGGAUUGUUAAUAAGCAACGAAUUAUCAAAACUAUUAUCUUCUAAUAAUUAAGGGAUUUCCGUGAAAUCUUAAUAUGAGAAAGGAGCUACAUUUUCUUUUCAAGUUUUAAAUCAGAAGGUUCCUGAUGAGGAUCUGUCUGAUUCCUUAGUUUCAGAUGGCGCUGCUGCUUAGGAUGUAAGUCAUUUGCCUGAGUCACAUUUUAUCUAGUAAUAAAGUUGCAGUCUAAAAUCGAAAGAGUUUGUCAUGCCAAUUGUUAAGCAACCAUCUAAUGAAAGCUAUACUGGCAUUCCUACAAAUAAUAAUUAAUCAAUUAAGAAGUACAAUUUGAGAGUGAAUUCUUCAAAUUUAUUAUCCUCAAAUCGAUUACUUCCAUUUAAUGUGGAAUGUGAGAAGUCUUACCAAAGGAAGUCCACCACUCAAUCAAAUUAAAUUAUCGAAUAAACAAAUAGUUGGUUGGAUUAAACUUCUAAAUAGCCUCCAGUGUUGAUUGUAGAUGAUAAUGAAUUCAAUAUUAUAGUCUUGUAAUACAUAUUGGAAUAAUUGUAUUUAACUUGCGAUUCAGCUAUUUCAGGGUUGAUAGCAUUAAAAAAAUGUAAGGAACGAGCUUUGAGCCAAUAUAGACUGAUAUUUUUGGAUAUUGAAAUGCCUGAAAUGGAUGGAUUGGAGACAGCCAAGAAACUCUUGUAGUUUGAUGGCAGUCUUAUGAUUAUUGCUUGCACUGGGAAUCGAUAAACAAAAGAAUAAUUGGAGACCUUCAAGUAAGUGGGAAUGUUCGGAGCUAUAGAGAAGCCGGUGACAAAAGCGAAUUUGAAGGAGUUGCUCAUUAAUAUAAAUGCCUAAAGAAAUGAACCAUAAUUUACUCAUUACUUUUGA